AUGGAUAAAGAGGGAGCAAAUCUUGCCGACCGCACAUUAUCUGAUGGGUUGAAAAUGGUCCUUGCGGGCAGUGGUGAGAGAUUGCGUCUGCUGCGCAGGGUCUUGCAUGCAGGCUUGCAACCCAAGGUUGCGGAGACCUAUGAGCCCAUCCAGACCAGUCACGCGAAGAAUCUGGUUCUGGAUAUCUUAAAUGAUCUAAAGAACCACCAAGGUCAUGCCAUGCGGCUGAGUCAGUUGAAGGCAUGGCACCAAGAUGAUCUGGCUCUUUUUAACGGGCAGUCGGAUGCGGUGCGAAGACACAUGCGUGAAGGGACUGCGAGGCCAUCAUUUGCAAGGUUCAUUUUAGAGCACCAGAAACAAUAUCAGUUCGAAGACAAGGAACUGGGAUAUAUUGCAGGAGGAAUACUAUCCGCAAUUACAAUUAUGAUAAUGGCUACUACCACUCACACGGAUGAACAGGCUCACCUACAAGAGAAACUUGAUGAAGUCGUGAGGCGUAUGCGGCUGCCGACAUUUAAUGAUCAGAAAAUGUUGCCACAGGUUACUGCGUUCAUGCUUGAGAGUUUCAGGUGGAGACCUGUCAACCUUGGAGGCUUUGGGCAUCGUGCGACUAAGGACAUAAUUUGGAGAGACCACCUCAUUCCGGCAGGUGCGACUGUUAUUGUGAAUCAUUGGGCUAUCGCAAACGAUCCUGAGGUCUUCCCAGAACCGCACAAGUUUAACCCUCAGCGUUGGAUUGACGAUGCAGGUCUUGUGCGCGAUGAUCUCAGGUUUUUCGCUUUUGGUUUUGGCCGCCGUCUGUCCCGGUCAGCACGUCAGGAAUCGGUCCCUCUUUAUCACCUUACCACGGCUCUUAUUCUCUGGGCUUUUCGCCUUUCUGAGAAUCCUGCAGCGAAGAUUGAUACGCUUGCUUUCUCGGAUACUGCAAACAUAUAUGCUGCUCCGUUCGAGAUAUGUGUGCAGAAGAGGAUCAAUGAGAAUGUCAUCAGGAAACUGAAGAUAGGGAGAGGGAAAUUGAUGGACCUUCAGCGGUGA